UAGUACACCCUUCUGUCAAUUAACAUGGCCUGUGCAUUACAUUUAUGCAUGGUAUAUGUUACAAGUUACUACAAUUUACUAUCUUGAUCUUGAUGUUACACAAAUUAAUAAUGUUGAUAUUACAGUUUGUAAAAAUUACCUUCCGCAACGAUGAAUCAGUUAUUUACAGCAAUUUGUGUAUCCAUAAUCACUUUAUGUAUGGCGGAGUUGAAUUUCUUAGUAUUGGGAGAUUGGGGAGGACUUCCACUUUAUCCAUACACAACAGAAAUUGAAGAAAAAACUUCAAAACAAAUGGCAGAUGUAGCAGCCCGUGUAAAUGCUAGAUUUGUUGUUGCUCUGGGUGAUAAUUUUUAUUACGAUGGUGUGAAAAAUGUUGAGGAUGCACGUUUUAAAGAGACGUAUUCUGAAGUGUUUGACGAGAAGUCAUUGCAAGUCCCGUGGUAUGUAAUUGCUGGAAAUCAUGAUCACCAUGGUAACGUGUCUGCAGAAAUUGCCUACUCCUCCCGCUCAAGCGUUUGGACGUAUCCUUACUAUUGGCACUCUCAAAAAUUUGUUAUAGCAGAUACUAACAAGACUUUGAAAUUAGUGUUGCUGGAUACUAUUGUCCUGUGUGGUAAUGCUGGUUCCGAUGAUGAACUACUACAACCGAAAGGACCUGAAGACAAAUCGUUUGCUGAGAAGCAAUGGAUGUGGCUGGAAGAACAAUUAAAAUACUCACAAGAUGAUUAUUUGUUAGUGGGUGGCCACUUCCCUGUUUGGUCGAUCGCUGAGCAUGGUCCUACUGAUUGUCUCGUUGAUAGAUUGAAACCACUUCUGGAGAAAUAUAAAGCCUCCUCGUAUAUAUGUGGUCACGACCAUAACCUUCAGCACAUUAAGGAGCAAGACUCGGAUGUCCAUUAUUUCGUUAUCGGUGCUGCAAACUUCGUGAAAGACGACGUACGACAUAAACAUUCCGUACCCGACGAUUCGUUAAAAUUCUAUUGGGCGGAUGCACGACGUUAUGGUGGUUUUGCGCAUGUCAAGGCGACCGCUGACUAUUUAAAUGUUACGUUGAUCGAUUCAUUGGGCGAUUUGUUGCACUCACAGAUGAUUAAACCAAGAAACGUAGGUGCCCAGUUGUAGCAAUACACAGCCUUCUUCUAUUUUGCUCUGGCGACGUGAGAAAUUCUUUGUUUUGUUAAUAAGUUUUGUUUCAUAUAAAAAAUUUGUAAAUAAAUAGAAUUUUGAAAUUCAGUUUGAUUAUUUUUUAAUGUUUUUAAGAAUUCAUUUUUUACAGUUUUAUACUUUGAACGUGACAGAUCCCAACGAAUGUGGAAUAAUUUCGCUCAAUAAGUAAACCAGACGUGAAAAGUUCAUUCUUCACAGUCAGUUUACUAUCUAUUUUUUCAAUCAAUUUUAAUGAGUAAGAGAAAAUUAUCGAUAAAACCACACAUCAGAAACAUGUGUUAGAAUUUACUCUGUUGAGGAAGAUUUGCGAUUCUGAAAUUUUAAUUUGUUGUAAAUUUUAAAAAUGUAUUCUAGUACUUUAACUCGCGAAAAUAAAUGUCAAACUUAAGUGGAGUAAUUUUCGCGAAGAUUUAUUUGGCGAGGUCCAAGAAAAUAUAUUUCGCGGAGAUUAAUAACCAGUCAUGAUGUCGUGUAAUAUCUCAAUAUUUAGCGAAGAUUUUUUUUUGCAAAUAAAAGAAUAA